CCCAACCGCCUCGGAGCAGCGUCGUCUUCCUCGCGCCGCCGCCGUUUCUCAGUUCCAGCUCCCCUGAGGCCCUGACCUCAUCCGGGUCCGGCGGGAGUAAUCGGAGCCGCUGAUCAGAUGCGGCGUGCGGGUCCUUGCUCAGCGGCGGGGCUGGGAGGUUCGAUCGGAUUAGAUGUGGAAGCCAUGGCGGUUACCCCUCGCAAUUCGUAUCCGGCAUCUCAGGCGAGGAGCCAAGAUUGGAGUCAGAGGCUUUGCCAAUGAUGCCCCGGAGCUGAGCUCUAACAGAGGGAGCUUGUUGAGAGGUGGAAGCAGCCACGUUGGGGAGAAGCGCAAUUCAAUCCUUGCAGGCGCUCCAGAGGAAGCUGGGUCUGAUUUGGAGCAGAAAACUGGAGAAAAGUUUAAAAACGAUGUCCGUUCUGCAGUAAAAUCGUGCUCUGGCAUUGGGAGUCUGGUUAUAGCCAAGUGCUCUCACAUAUUUGAGAGCAGAGGGGACAACUUUGAUGGGAAGUGCAGCUUACAAGAUGUUCUUAAGCCUGGUUUGUGGCUCUCGCCAGAGACCCUCCGCCGGUUCUGGCGUGUCUCUGAGCUGAAACCUGAGGAUUUUCUUGACAUUUUGAUUGGUUUUGGGUCCAGCGCGGCACAAGUGAGAAAUGCGAGAUUCUUGUGGAAUUUGUACAGGUGGGCGUCACAGCAGAGCAAGGAGUUCCAACAUCUGCCAAGGUCAAAUGAGACCAUGGUAUCUGUACUUGCAGAUGCUCAUAUGCUCAGUCAAGCUGAAUCGCUACUGCUCUCAUUGGAUGAUCAUAUGGGUCUGCCUGUUUCAAGUGAACUAUUCAGUCGGAUUAUCCAGGUGUAUUCAGAAGCAAACAACCUCGAGAAAUCAGUUGCACUCUAUGAUUAUGCAAGGUGUAAGCGUUUGAUUCCUUCAGUUUCAUGCUAUCAGUUACUUCUUCAUUUUCUGAUCAGAAUGGGAAAGGAUGACUUGAUUUUAAGAGUAUAUUUGGACAUGCUAGAAGUUGGAUUCGGUUCUUGCACCAAAGGAGACGUUCUUGAUUCUGUUGUCAUGGCUUUAAUCAAGAAAAAUAAAUUUGCGCAAGCUCUUGGUAUACUAAGGCAACUAAAGAGUUUGGGCAUUAAAUUAAGCAAGGGAUCCCUAUCAAUUGUAGUAGAAGAAUUUAACAAGAGAAAGGAUAUUGGGGAUAUGAUGAACUUUUUGGAAGAGUGGAGGUGUUUACCUGAGUUGCGUCUUUGCAACAGAAUCCUUGCAUCUUCAUGCACCAAUGUUGGUACUGAUCAGGCAUGGUUGAUCUUCCAAAGAUUGGAGGACUUAGGGUUUGCUCCGGAUGCUACUACUUUUGGAAUUUUCAUAUUUCAUAGCUGUAGAGAAAUGAAACUGAAAUCUGCAUUCGUAUAUUUAUCGGAGUGCUUUUCUAGACAUAUUAAACCUAGAGUGUGUGCUUAUAAUGCUAUUUUAGGUGGUGUUUUCAGGGAGGGACUGUACAGACAUGCAAAGUAUAUCUUUGAAGAUAUGGUUGAAAGAAAAGUAACACCCAAUAUUUCAACAUAUAAGAUAAUUCUGGCAGGAUAUUGCUGGUACAGACAGUUUGAUGAUAUUGAGCAAGUCUUGAGGGAUAUGAAAACCAUUGGUGUAAAUGAUUUCCCCUCUGGAAACUGUGCUUUCUCUAAGGCCUUAUCAUUCUUGGGGCUAGAUCACCUAGGAGUGAAAAUUAAGAGAGAUAAUGCCACUGGUUUCCCGAAAGCUGAGUUUUUUGAUUCAGUUGGCAACGGACUGUAUUUGGACACUGAUUCCAAAAAGUUUGAGAUUUCAUUGGCACAUAUUUUGGAUACGGCAAUUCACCCAGUUGUUAACUCAGAGCUAGUCAGUGCAUCUCAGCAAGGCAAUGUUGCAAGUGCUCUUCUUGUGAAAGAUGAAGCUUUUCAGUGGGGAUAUGACAUUUCACCAGCUAGCUGCUUAGAACUAUUCAAGGCCUUAUGUGUGAGCCCUGCAUAUUUAUUAGAUGCCAUUGACCUUAUGGAGGAGAUGCCGGAUAUAUUUGACAAGUUUGGUGCUCACAAUCUUAAUUUAGUUAUCCAAACAAUGAGUAGGAAAGGGAUGUCAGCUCAUGCAAGACUGGUUUUAGAAAAAAUGUUCAGAGAAGGCUUGUCAAUAAGUAAAGACACAUAUACUUAUUUGAUGCUAGGCUUCUGUAAAGAAAGGAACAUAGCAGGGUUUUGGGAUUGUUUGAAUCUUGCAACAAAGUAUAGGUGGUCACCUGAUAGCAAGGAUAUGAUGGCCCUCACAAAUUGCUUGUGCAAAUGGGGAGUAAUUGAGGAAGCCCUGAAGUUUAUGAACCCAUUAUUUGACUGUUAUCCUGAUCUGUUUUCCAGUGCAUAUUUUGCACUUCUCAAAGAAUUGUGCAGGACAGGUUAUACCAGUGUUGGAUGUGCAAUGUUGGAGGCUCUCAAAGAAAAGGGUAUGGUUGUGGAUCACUCGCUACUGAUUUGUGUGAUGGAGGGCUUCCUAAAGGAGCAGAGGACUGCUGAAUCAAUUGGAAUGUAUGACAUCUGGUUUAACAGAUGCAAAGAACUAGAUGCAUUUACUUACCGAUCUGUGUUGCCUUCAUUACCAUGGCUUGAUACAGAUCGAGCCAAGAACUUGGCAGAAUCUGCACUGACCAUGGAAUUUCCUGAAUUCUCAUAUUGCAGUUGCAUUUUGAAGGAAUUAGUGCAAACAGGAAAUAUGAAGCUGGUCAUGUCAGUCUUGCCAGAAUCAACUCAUGGGAAGCUCAGUGGCACCUUGUUAAAUUCCUUGCUUCAAGCAUAUGGUUGUCUAAAAAAUUGGAGAAAGUUAGAUGCAGUUCUUUGCAUGAUGCUAAAGAUGGAUGAUGACCUUUCUAUACCUAGCUAUCGCUUCCUUGUCUGUAGAAUGUGUGAGCAAAGUCGGUUUUCUAGUGCAUCAAGCCUUAGAGCACUGUUCCAACAUAGUGACAAGUCAAGAGAGUUAAUUACAUGCAACAUUCUCAUAUUUUAUCUUUCUCAGAGAAGAAACACCUCGCAGGUUCAUGAUUUAUUGAAGGACAUGGAAUGUAAUGGUAUUUCUCCUGACAGAACGACCUAUGACUUCCUUGUCUAUGGAUUUCACAAGUCUGGAGAUACCGAUAGUUCAGUUAGUAUGCUUGAUGCCUGUAUUUCUCAGGGAUUACAACCAAGCAACCGCAGUCUCAGAAUAGUGUUGAGUCAUUACUGCACGCUAGGAAACCUUGAGAAAUCACUAGCAUUAUUUCAAUUGAUUGAGAGCAGUGGAUGGAAGCAUGGUUUAAUCAUUAAAACCACCCUCACUUCAUGUCUCCUUUCAUUUGGGAGACAUUUGGAAGCAAAGUCAUGUCUGAACAACCUGAGCAAAAGUGAAUUUAUCGGAUCGUACAUGAAUUUUGAUGGACUCAUCAAGAAAUUCUGCACAAUAGGAGACUUGAGAAUGUCUCUUAACCUGCUAAAUACAAUGUUAAAGAAGGGCAAACUACCUAGUGAAGUCAGUUACAGCUCUGUCAUAUACAGGCUGUGUAUUUUGAAAGAAUUUGAUCAGGCACUUGAUUUUCUUGCUGAAAUGCAAUUCGCAAGCCUAAGACCAAGUGAGUCCUCCUGUGAUGCACUUGUACAUGGUCUUUGUGCCCUGGGAAGAACUUGUGAUGCUAGGAAGAUUUUGGAAAUGCUAACCACCUUGGGAUCCACACCAUCCCAUGGCAUGUAUAGAGUUGUUCUUGAUAGCUAUUGCAGAAACAGCAAUCUACAGAAGGCUACGGCACUUUUGCAUGACAUGCAACAAGCAGGCCAAGUACCCAACUUUGAGAUGCAUUGGUCUAUUAUAAGCAAUUUCAGCAGUACCAACAAGAAAACUGAAGGAAAUGGAGAGCCCAUUUUGCCAAACCUUUUUCUUUGUGCGAAUCCCCCAUAAUGUGAUAUGUUGUUUUUGGAAAAUGGUAACUGAUGCCUAUUGUCAAGUUAAACCCUAGUGGAACUGACAAAUCUUAGUCAAACCAAGCCUAUGGCAACUCAAAUGUUCUUGGGAAUGAAGGCUCAUAGAAUGUGAGAAUACAUAGGAGGGAAAACUAUGUAUCUUUUUUUUUAACUAUCAAAAGAGGGAAUCAAGUCAUUACUUGAGCCAUCACAACUUUCUCUGCAACUUAGCUUACAGGGUGUGCCCCUGCUAAAGGGAUUAUUCGAAGGUAGUAGCAUUAUCUCUCUUAAGAAUGAAAAAAGUGAUAUUGAAAAGUUGGCUUUUCAUCAUUGGCAUGGACGGAAAGUAAAUGUGAACUACCUUUUGCAUUGACCAAGACAUGCUGAUAUUAUCACUCCAGCAAAGGUAAUUUGCUCCUAGUGCUUUUCGAUCCCUCUAAAUAGAAGACUGCAGUCAAUUGCAGAUGAGGUUUCUUUCGUUGUGGAAUUGUGGGGAGCAGGUUAGCAGCUGUGAGAGUCAGAGAUGACCCUUCAUCACAAUCGUGAUUCGUGAGUCUGCAGCAAAUGGAUUUAGUCAUUGUUUGGAUUCAAUGGGGCUGUCAUCUCCAUCCAUGUUCGGUGAAGCAUCACUUGCUUUUGGGAUAUCACUGAAGCUAUAAAUACGACCUUCAACACCUCUGUAAAAGUGGAACAAUGGCAAGACAUGGACAUUGAGACGCUUACAGAUCUCCGUCUGUUCAUUAUAGUUGACCAUAAGAAAUUGAAGUCCUGGAUGCAUAGCGGCAAACUGAUUGACCUUUGUGCACAUUUGACAAAAAAGUAUUAUAUCAAUAUAAAUUUAUGUAGAACAUGUAUUUGUUUCUCCUGUCGAUAAUUGCAAAAUUGUUGAAUUUUCGUGCUUGUCUUCUUUUACCUUAGAGUGUAGCGCCUUACAAGCUCCACAGCCUGGUGAAAAGAAGUGCACCACUGUGAACUUAUCUCCAGCCAUCAGAAGCUGUUUAUCAAAAUCUUCUUGAGAUUUGGUAUUCUUCAUGUUGCUCUCCAUGUCCUUCUCCCACCACUUUGUGCGAAUACCCUAAUAUCAUGACUAAAUAUCAGUGCCAUCUUUGUCGUGCUUGAGCAUGUGUUUGAAUGAAUGUUUAAGUUGUGUCAUUUUUUUAAUGAAACUGUUAAAUUUCUCUGUUUUGAUGCAAAUUUUACUGUAAGCUUAGACGGAGAAGGCAUUUUAAGCCAACAACUUUUUAGAAUUUCAACUUUUCAUUAUUGCAUAAUAUAUCUGACCAAGCAGCUAAAUCUCUUCAAAAAUAAAACUACUCAGUGAAUAAUCUGUUCCCUAAAGUACUGCAGUUGUGUAGCUCCAUUGCUACUAAUAUAGAAAUUUCUUCCUGAACCAAUACCAUUUUGAAUGCACAUGUUUAUUUUCUGUACUAAAUAAAUAGGCAGCAUGAUUUAUUUUCUGUACUAAAUAAAGAAGCAUAUUUAUUGAGUUGAACUGGAUAUUGCCUUUAUUCUAGCUGGAAAGCCUUCCUAGCAACUUGUGUGUUUGUGAUUCAAAUAUGUCCAACAAUUUAAGUCAGCAUUUUCCUUUUGUUUUAAAAGUAAUGGCAUAAGAUCAUAUAUUUCUGAGCAGUAACGAAAUUACCUUCUUGGGAUCUUUUGGUGCAGCUCUGGUGAUCUGCCAACUACUUGAGGCGACCUUUUCUGUGGGCAAGAAUUGCUUCCCCUUGAUCCCAUUGUGGUUCCACAUCAGAUCCGUUGCUCGUGUAUCCACGAUGAGAUGAACAACCAACAAACCAAUGGUUUAUCAAGGCUGAAGCCAUCAACAUCACUGAACUGGAAACAGAAAGAAUAUAUAACAAUCAUUAUCUUCAUGAAAAAUGCUACAGAAAAGAGUGCAUUUAAAAGUAAACAUGCCUGAAACUAACUGGCAGGCUCUCAAAAUCUGGAAAUCUUGUGAUGGUGAAAUGGGGAUGGCCAUGCUGAGCUAUUUAUAGUUGAAGAAAGUUUUGUUUCAGAAGCAAAGUAUACCCAAUCCUUGCUACACAACAUGUUUUCUUAAACCUUUUUAGUUCGAUGUUUAUCACUUAAUGUUCUGUUGCUUAUCCAAAUUCACAUAUGUACAGUCAGGAAUUUUGUUUCUUGUGGUCAGGUUUUGGAUUUGUUAGGUGCUUUGUUUCUUCUGUUACCUAUCUCCAAGCUUUACUUUGGUGUUUCUUACACGCCCUGCCAACUUUUAUUUGAGGCGGCUCGUCUUAUGCUCCGGAAGGGAGAAAGCUGAUGUAUUUGGAUAAAAGAUGAGCUAGAGUGCUCGUCUCUUUGUUGCCGCUCUUCAUGCAUUGUGGAUAUAUGAUAUAUGAAUGAUGUGUAAAUGUUAUAUCUAUGUAUUAAUCUACUUUACUGGAA